AUGGAUUCGGAACAGUCACAGCAGCCGCAAGAACAGGAAGUCGAAAGCACGGCCACGGUUCCAUCGGCCGAAGAACCACAAGCCCUGAUGCUGUUCGACAGUUUAAUCGAGCUGUGCCGGAAUAACAUAAAUUUUUUUGAAGGCGAUGACACGGAAACGGGACUACGACUACACGGCGCCUUCGUGGGGCUGAUCGACCACAUCGAGAUGGCCAAACCGUUGGUGCGUUCAGUUCAAGGGUUCAUGCACGUGUACGAUUUCGAUCCGAGCGUACCGGGGAACGGAUUUCGCAGCUUCCUGUACGUCGUCGAGUGCUGCGUAAAGACCGCCCUUAAGCUUACCCGAUACGUGAUGGAGAACCGCAGCACGAUCCUGUUCCGGAAGGCGUUGUACGUGAAGGAGGUGGAAGCUUACAACCACCUGAUGGCGAGCCUUUGCACCUGCCUGCAACACGCGCAAACCCUGCGCGAAUGGACACGCGAAUCGGGUGCCCUUUUCCCCGACGAAUCGCACUCUGUCGAGGAGCUGUUCUCGCGCGGUGGCAUCAUCAACCAGUACUGCUUCUACGGACGAUGUCUUGGGUUCCAGUUCUGUGACUCCAUCAAACCGCUGCUCAAGUUCAUCUCGAUAGGAAUGGCGGGUUUCUCCGAGGGAUACUACUCCGAGGGUGGUCGGCUUUCGAAGGCGACCAGUCUGAUGUACACGAGCACGAAGUACAUGCUUGAUCCGGAGCUGCGUGCACGCCGCAUCGUGAACAUCUCGCAGAACUCGAACGUGGACUUUUGCAAGGCGUUUUGGUUUCUGGCCGAGUCCGAGAUGAUGCACUCGCUCCCGUCGUUCGUGGGCUUCAAGGUGAAGGUGAACCGCGUGAUAACGAUUCCUCCCGAGCCGAUCCAGCUGAAGAAACCCGGAACCGGGACCGGUGACGAAUCGGCCGUUUUCGUGGACAUUCCCAUCCCGAAGAGCCACGGUGGAGCGGCCCCCAUCAAGGCCCGGCUCAUAUCGGCCGUUAAGCGCAAGGGCAUGAUCGGUGAACGGAGCAACUCGCAGCGUAGCACCAUCUAUCCGGCCAGCCGGGGUAUGCUGUUCCACUGUCACGGUGGUGGCUUCGUGGCGCAGAGCUCGAAAUCACACGAGUCGUAUCUGCGUGAGUGGGCCGUCAACCUGAACGUGCCCAUCCUGUCGAUCGAUUACAGCCUCGCACCGGAAGCACCAUUCCCGCGGGCUCUCGAGGAGGUAUUCUACGCGUACUGCUGGGCAUUGCGUAACUGCGAGCUGCUUGGGACGACGGGCGAGCGGAUUAUACUGGCCGGUGAUUCGGCUGGAGCCAACCUUAAUCUGGGUUGUGCGAUGAAAGCGAUCGAGCUGGGUAUCCGUCGACCGGAUGGUAUCUUCAUUGCGUACUGCCCGGUUUUGAUCAGCUUCGUACCGAGUCCGGCCCGUAUGCUUUGCCUGAUGGAUCCGUUGUUGCCGUUCGGGUUCAUGAUGCGGUGCUUGAAGGCGUACGCGUGUCCUAGCCUCGAGGUGUUGGAGGAGAACCGCAAGCGUCACGAACAGCGACAGGCGAUCGUCAAUGCAGGACAACAGAUGCGCAACAACAACGUGGUCACGCUGGUUCCGGCCAGUGGAAACCAUCGAGAUGAACCCCUCGACAGGACACCCGAUCGGUCGGAUUCCGGAGACGACAACUCGAUGUGGGAGCAGCUGAACAGCGCCAACACGGUGCAGCUUCAAAACCAGCAUCUGAGUCCGGUGAGCGAUACGGCCAGUGAUACGUUGGCACUGAAGAGCCAGAGUCUCGGCAACACCAUCGACAUCAUCAGUCCGGAUGAAAGCAACACCAUCACGUCUUUGGAGGAGGACUCGCAACCUAUCACGCUGCAGCAGGUCAAUCUAAACACCGAGCGCAGCAAUGUCACCGUCAUCGACGACCUGGACAUGGACAUGCCAAGCGACAUCAGCUCGGAACAGAAUACGAACCAGAAUGUCUCCAAUUUCAUCAACAGCUACGUGCUCGAUACGACCACAAAUGCCGCCGGUGAGCUGGAGCCGAUUCUGCGACCCGUGUCUCGUUCGCAGUCUGAGGAAAACAUUGUCCUCGAUAUUGGCCGGGAGGCGAUCAGUGUGCAGAAUCUACAGGAACGAGUAACUACGGCGGCGAGUAACUUCGUGAGCAAGGUAUCGACCACAUUAACCAACAUAACGGCUUCGAAGCCGAUUGCCACCGGUGGAUCGCAGAACGAGCUGCAAAGCAACCUGGACGCGUUGAUAGCCCGCAGUCCGUCGGACGAGUUUAUUUUCCACGUGCCGAAGGAUUCCCACCUGUCACCGUACUGGGCUUCCGAUGAAGUGCUGAGUCAAUUUCCCCCAACUAAUAUUCUAACCGUUGUCCUGGACCCAUGUCUGGAUGACUGCGUGAUGUUUGCCAAAAGACUGAAGAGCUUAAACCGAUCCGUUUCGCUUGAUAUACUACCCGGGUUGCCGCACGGAUUCUUGAACUUUGCUACCAUUUCCAAAGACGCCCACGAGGGAUCAAAGCUGUGCGUGCAGCGCAUAGCCGAGCUGCUCGAGAUCCCGACCACGUUGGAUGAUCCGGGUACGAAGCAGGGCUGCUGUUAGCGCCAAUGUUGGCAGUGCUGCCUGGAAGACGAACGUAGCGUCUCUUCCCAGGACGCCCGGUAUGAGUGAGCGAUUGCUCUGCCAGCCGAGUCAAGCGAAAAAAGAAAACGAACAAAGCCGGCUCGAAGAAACGAACAAAGUUGCUAACCAAACCAAAAAUGAAUUCUGAUGCAAGAGCAGUGCAUGCGGGAUGUGCUCAACAGAGGCUUAUAUACAUAUACCUACGUGAACUAGUAGAUGGAGGAGUGUAACGGAGCGAAUGCAGCGGAUCGGAAACGAGCGGACCCAAACGUAAGGUAGUAGCAAAUUAGCAGCUUGCUUCGAGCAAGGCAGCGCAUCAAACGUCCUUUUGAAAGAGAGUUGUUGUAAUGCGAAUGCAACCGAUUGGCCUUUUCUCUGCAGUAGGGUUUAACCGCGAUGCAGCUUUAUUAUUGCACGUUUUUUGCAACAGCACCAAAACUGAUAUUGGGACCGGCCGCCGGGAGCGUUAUUUAUUGUCUGCCUUUUUCUGCGCUUAAAGGAAACAUUUUGCGACCAUAUUUCUGUGAACACGCAUCUGCUGCUUGGCAGCACAAUCUACACGUACGCUAUAUACUCCGAACGUUGAAUCUUCUUUACAAAGUGUUGAUGUAACCGGUUAGAACGUAAGUCGA